GUUAACUUCAAAAACAAAUCGACAAUAAAAUUCAUUUCAAAAAUAGUUCACUUUUGCCAAAAAAAAUGCUUCAAAUGUUAUCAAUAACUGAUUCUCUUCCAUCUUCCGCUCGAACUUUCGACUGAACUUUCAUCGAUUCUUCGAGAACUUCUGGAAGUUGUGAGUCCCAAUUUGGAAGAAGUGGAACAUAUUGCUUUUGAAUAUCCGGGUCGAUUUUUGGAUCUCUGUUGAGACCACGACGAUUCGAUGAUGGGCGGUUCGAUCCAGAUGACAUACAGUGAACGAGAGUUGAGAACUGAAAAAAGAGGGUCUCGCAACGGAAAAUAGCAAUUUCAAUUUGAAAUAGUCUACAUACCUCAUCUAUGUAUGUACACCUCGGACCCUCCUUCUGCUGAUGUGCGUGCCCAUCUUCUCAUAAAUAAUGUUUUCCGGAAAUUCGCAUCUUCUUCUCCAUCACUUUCAUAUUCCUUAUCUCAUUUUCUUCAUUCAAAAUGGCAGAGAAUGUAUCGACGACUUCAUCAGCUCGUCGAGAAACUUUUGGUGGAAUUGUAUUCAGGAUAUAUGCACUUCGAGGAUGGAUGCAACGAGCUCAAAAGCGGCUUCAUCUAUUUCGAAAGAAUGACGUGGAUAUUGAGACCAAUUUCAGAGAAGCGUUGAGAGAAGAACAAGAAGAUGACGAGAAAAGUUCCGGUUUCAUGUCAUUUACCGUUGAUGAACAUUCGAAUACUUUUUAUCUAUGGACUGGGCUUGUCAGUUUGGUUGCUCUCCAUCCCCUUGUCUUCACAGCUUUAUCGGUUUUUCAAGAUGUUCAUCCAUUUCUUCGAAACACAGGACCUUUGAAUCUUUUACUUGAUCUUGUUAAUAUAUUGGAUUUGAUAGCACAUACAAGAAUUGAAUAUGUAGAAAAUGGAGUUGCGGUCAAGAAUUUGUCAAAGCUUAUGCAUCAUAGAUUGAAAUCAACAUUCUUCAUAUUAGAUGUCAUCGCAGUGGUUCCUGCCGAGUCAUUGCACAUUUUUGGAGACAGUUUCUUCUGGUCAAGAAUCAAUCGGCUGACUAAGUGCUACCGCCUAUUCGAUUUCUCAACUCAAACGGACACCCGCACGACAUCUCCUCACGCUUUUGGGCUAUUUAAGCUCAUUUUCAUUUGCGUUGUGAUUUUCCAUUGGAAUGGAUGUCUUUACUUUUACAUAAGUAAAGUCUAUAAUUAUACAACGGCUCGGCUUGAGCACUGGAUAUUCUCCUACGAUAAAAUAAUCAAUCCAAUACUUGCAACAUGUGUGACCGAUAUUCCGAAUCACAGAGAUUUCUGCGAUACUGAUGACCUCCUUAUCACUCAUCUACCAGAGAAUGAGGUUCAGUUUACGGUCACUGAUUAUAUGACAACUUGGGAAAAUAAAACUACCACCAUAAAGUUUGCCAACUUUUUCCGCCAAUACGCUUUGAGCUUCUACUGGUCUGCACUGACUCUGGUGACACUUGGAGAACAGCCAUCACCUUGUACAACUUUUCAAAAUGCAUUUGAAAUUGGGGAUACCCUCCUGGGUCUUGUCAUUUUUGCGGUAAUUGUUGGAGAUGUCGGUAAUAUGGUGGUGGCGAUUAAUUUGAGAAAGUCAGAGUUUGAGAAUGUUCUCGAUGGAUGUAAAAGAUUCAUGGUUUAUAGAAAAGUACCAAAUCUUCUCCGCAAAAAAGCUGUCGAAUACUUUGCCUAUGUGUGGGCUCAUGGCGGGGCUCAAGUUGAUGAAGAGGAAAUUGCCGAGUUUCUGCCUCCGCGGUUAUUUGGAGAAAUUGCAGUGGAGAUUCAUAUGGACACUUUGAAGAAAGUCAAGCUUUUCGAGAGUUGCGAUCCGCGGCUAUUGUAUGAGCUAAUUUUGAAGUUGCAGCUCCGAGUAUACAGCCCAAUGGAUUAUAUCUGCAAAAAGGGAGAUGUUGGAACCGAAAUGUACAUUGUCAAGGAAGGAUUUGUGGAAGUUGUCAGUGAGGAUGGUCAAACGAUUUUUGUAACUCUACCGGCAGGCUUUGUAUUUGGAGAACUUUCCAUUCUAAACAUACCUGGAAAUAAAAACAAGAAUUUAAGAACUGCUUCUGUUAGAUCCAAGGGAUAUUCUGAUCUUUAUGUUCUCGAUAAAGAAGAUCUUUGGGAGGCUCUUCAUGAAUAUCCGCAAGCAAAAGAUUCACUGAUUCAAAAAGGAAUUCAAAUUCUCGAGAAGGACAAAAUGAUUGACCCGAAUAUGGUAGAUGACGAGGAUGAAAGUUUUAAUGGGCCUAUUGAAGAUUAUAUGGAACAUUUGGAACAUGAAAUUUUGAAAAUAACAAAGAUGAUUGAUCAAGCAGAGGACAAGAUUCAUAAAUCAAACCAGAAAAUGAAGACACGGCUAUUUGGAAUGGAAAUGGACCUUGUUCACGAGAUAAAGGAAUUGCUGAAAGAAAAUAGUUGGAAGCGAAUUGCAAGAUUUGCGGAUGGAGUUACAGUCUUGUAGAAAUAACAAAAAUCAAUGCUUUUAGAUUUUACUUCUGAUAUAAACUUGAAAUUC